AUGACACAGACCUCGUCAACGGCAGCUCCGACGCUGACUCCUCGGUUCUGCUUUGAUGAAAGAUUGUUCAGAGAUUUCCUCCGGUUAUCAAGAUCUACCAUCGAUGAUUCAAUUACACAAAAUCUUAAUGCAUUGAUGACACCUGCCCGGGAAGGGUUCGACCCGUCGUCAACCGCAGUGCGGCAGACAGAGUCAGGGUCACGGAAAACCAUCAACCCUGCCGCAUGCCAAAGCUUCAAGGAUAAUGUUCUGUUUCCUUCAUGGCAGACCAGAUCAGAUGUUCUUACAUACUGCGCCGGUGUGGCAACGAGUCCCGAUCCCGAAGAUCCCGACUUGAUCCUCCGCCAGACGGAAUCUGCACGAGACCGAGAAAGAGAAGUCAAUGAACGUCUGGAUCCAUACUCUGCCCGGUUUUUCCCUCGGGAGGCACGCACCGAGUCACUUGCGAACCUCAUCCGCAAUGAACGUACCAUCGAAGAAAUCAUCCGGGCCCGGACUUGGGGUAUGGUUUCGGAGAAGUGUACUGGGUCUUCUACUUGGGAAGAGGCGCUCAAUGAUUGGCGUCAAUCUCACCAGAAAUAG